AUGUCGAAAAGCAUCGCCCUCCCCGCACUCACCGCCUCCAUCCCGGCCUUCUACCACUUCCUCGCUCCCAAGGCCAGCACGGUCCAGGGUCUCUUCCUGCCCGUCGGCUACGGCUAUGUCGUUUCGUGCGUCGUCUCGGCCAUCUGGGUCACCUUCCUCAUGCGUGUCAAGGUAGGCAGCGCACGCAAGGCUGCUCAGGUCCCAUACCCGUAUCUCUACGCCGACAAGGCGGUCGCUGAGAAGAACCGCGAGGCUCACCUCUUCAACUGCGCCCAGCGUGUCCACCAAAACACCCUCGAGGACCUCACUAGCUUUGCAUUCCUCACCCUCUUCAACGGUCUCUUCUUCCCCAAGCUCACUGCCAUCGUCUCGGCCACCUGGGUCAUCUCGCGCAUCCCUUACGCUAUCGGCUACUACUCUGGUACUCCCAGUAAGCGUGCUUUUGGCGCCAUCUUCAGUGGGCUCAGCUUCCUCGCCCUGUUGGUCACUGCAACCUAUGCCUCCUUCACCAUCUUAGGUGUUGCUCCUAUCAGCAACACCGCGCUUUAA